AGACUUCGUCCAACCAAAGGAUGAACGAUUUGAGAGCUGAUUCUCCAAAUCAUGAUCCUCUUGAAGAUGACUUUACUCUAGCUCUCAUCGAUUCUGUUCAACGUAACCCGUGCGUGUACAAUCGAUAUGAUCCGCUGCACAAAGUCACUGAUUACAAGCACGAGAUUUGGAAGUUGAUCAGUAUUGAAAUCGGAUACGAUGGACAACCAGUGGAAUUGGAAAGAAAAUGGAAACAUAUGAGAGACAAAUAUGUGCGAUUGAGAAAACAGGAUAAACAGAAAGCUCCAAUUAAGAAAACGAAUAAGUGGUACAACUACUACCAUAAAAUGUCCUUCCUGGACCCAUACGUUGAGCAUCGAAAUCGGAAGAGGCAAAAAGACUAUCUUAACAGCAAUACUCCUGAUUUCUUGGAUGAUGAUACUGCAUUUCUUGAUGGACUUUCAGUGAAGGAAAUGUUGAAACCCGAAUCUCUGUUGACUUCAAAUGAUGCAGGUUACAAUUCUCCACAUACUACAUCGAGUUCAUCAUCUUCUGGUAGCAACAAUAACGGACGUUUUCUCGAUUCUCCAACUAUUGAUAUUGAAGAUGACAAAAAGAAUCUGGCACUCAUUUAUGACAAAUUUGUUGCGAAUCAAACAGAAAAUGAGAAAAACCAUAGAUUUUCAAACAAACACGGAAAAGAUCUUCUGUUCUCCACAACAAACACUUUAAUUGAAAAGUUAGCAACUACCUCAACAGCUCCCAGUUCUUCUCGAAAGCGUAAACCAAUUCCUGUACAGAUUCUACCAUCUUCUCCACCUCCACAAGAAAAGAACACUAAAAUCGAGCUGUUAGAGGAUAUUCUCAAUGAACCAAAUGAAGAUCAGGUAUCUUUGUUCGUACGUUCCAUUGCAAGAACAUUGAAUGACUUGGACCGUGAGAAGUUUGCAAUGGCUCGCGUGGAAAUUUCAAAAGUCUUGUACAAAAUCGAGUUUGGAGACAAUCAAUACUCCGAACCUGUUCUCAUGUGAAUAAACAAAACUCAUCCUAAUAUUUGUGAUCUCAACUUCUAUUCUCUUUUUCACCUGUCCUAGAUACUCGAAAACUAUUUUCCCGGUCGUAUUUCGUUCUAAAACAUUUCAUAAACAAUUCCCCU